AUGCCGUCCUGCAAACUUCGUGGUUGGCUGAUUGCUGGAGCCUGUGCACUUCUGUUAAUUGCUGUAGCCUGUGGGCUUGUGUUUCUUCUCCGCGCGCACGGUGAAGACUCAGCCAACCCCAUCAGGACUACCCACACGGGACAGGUGCAGGGAAGUCUUAUCCAUUUGAAUGACACCAAAGAGGGUGUCUACAUCUUCCUGGGAAUUCCCUUUGCCAAGCCACCUCUAGGAGAGCUGAGAUUUGCACCUCCUGAGCCUCCUGAAUCAUGGAGUGGUGUGAGGGAUGGGACCACCUACCCGGCCAGGUGUCUACAAAAUUCUGGGACAGUGGUUUCAGAAAAUCUGGCAAUGAUAAAACGGAGCAUACCUUCCAUCUCGACAUCUGAGGACUGCCUGUAUCUCAACAUCUACACACCAGCUCAUGCCCGUGAGGGCUCCAAACUGCCUGUAAUGGUGUGGAUCCAUGGGGGUGCACUGGUUGGGGGUAUGGCUUCUGCGUACGAUGGAUCCUUGAUGGCAGCCAGGGAGGAUGUUGUGGUGGUCACUAUCCAGUACCGCCUGGGUGUUCUGGGCUUCUUCAGCACUGGAGAUGAGCACGCCAGAGGGAACUGGGGCUACCUGGACCAAGUGGCCGCGCUGCGCUGGGUCAGGAAGAACAUCGCCCACUUUGGAGGCAACCCUGACCUUGUCACCAUCUUUGGCGAGUCUGCAGGUGGCACAAGUGUGUCUUCACAGGUUGUGUCCCCCAUGUCAAAGGGACUCUUCCACAGAGCCAUCAUGGAGAGUGGAGUAGCCCUGCUGCCUGACCUGAUCUCUAACACCUCUGAGGUGGUCUACACAGUGAUGGCCAGCUUAUCUGGUUGUGAGACUGUGGACUCAGGGACCCUGGUGCACUGUCUGAGAAACAAGAGUGAAGAGGAGAUUCUGGCUAUUAACAAGGUCUUCACUCAUAUCCCUGCUGUGGUGGAUGGAGAGUUCCUACCCAGGCAUCCCCAAGAGUUGUUGACUUCUGCGGAUUUUCACCCUGUCCCCAGCAUCAUUGGUGUCAACAAUGAUGAGUUUGGCUGGGGUCUCCCUAUGAUGUUGGGGGUUGAUCAAAUAAUAAAGGAGAUAACCAGAAAGACCCUACCAGCUAUUCUGAAUUACACAACAACAACACAGAUGAUGUUACCUCCUGAGUGUAGUGACCUGCUAAUGGAAGAGUAUAUGAACAACACUGAAGAUGCUCAGACCCUCCAAAUACAGUACAAGGAAAUGAUGGCAGACUAUUUGUUCGUGAUUCCUGCACUCCAAGUAGCAAAGUUUCAACGUUCCCAUGCGUUUGUCUACUUUUAUGAAUUCUGUCAUGUGCCCAGCUACGUCAAAGAUGUGAGGCCACCCCAUGUGAAAGUUGACCAUGGCGAUGAGAUGGCCUUUGUUUUUGGGUCCUCACCCUUGGACAUGAAACCUGUCUUCACUGAGGAGGAGGAGCUGCUGAGCAGGAGGAUGAUGAAGUACUGGACCAACUUUGCAAGGCAUGGGAACCCCAACAGCGAGGGUCUACCUGACUGGCCCGUGAUGGAUGAUAAUGAGAAGUACCUACAGCUGGACAUCCAGCCUGCUGUGGACCAAGCCCUGAAGGCCAGAAGACGGCAGUUCUGGACUCAGACUCUGCCCCAGAAGAUCCAGGAGCUAAAGGGGUCUCAGGAUAAUUACAAAGAGUAG